AUGUCUUCUCCUUCGAGCAGGCGUCAGACCCCGAGGCGGUCAACGAGAAAUUCGGAAGCUCCGAAGAGCAGUCCUGCCCCCGCAGCCUCUCAGGGCUCGCAAGCUGGCGUGACUCCUCGGGCUACGCGCCAGAGCCAACUUGCCUCUAGCCCUCUAUUCUACCAGUCUUCGUCGCCUGCUCGGCGUGGUGCUGGCCAGGGCCGAGAUGUUUCUUCCCCGCUUCAGCAGGACACCCAAACCACGGGAAACGAUGCCUCCAUGGUUCCUAGCUCGCCCUUGCGCCAGAUGAGCGAUACACAGUCCAUGGGUGAUCGUACUCCUCGUGCUAGUGGUAACCUUGCCGGCCAAUCCUCGCCUAUCCGAUACGAGCCAAGCUCAAGCCCCGGGCGCUCGCAGCGCCAGCAAUCUGAGCUCCGCAGCGAAAGCAGCGGUCUCUUUGUUAGGGCUGGCCCUUCCAGCGGCCGUGCCUUCCGUGGCGAUAUCCACUCAGACCUCAGCAUCGCUAGAACCCCGCAGGCGCAUCGGAGGGUAAUCCUUGACGACGUUGGCCGUGUCAUUCAAGAGAGCCCGUCGGAGACGGGCACCUUUGGCAACAGAGAUCCCACAACCUCUGAGGCUGAUGUGCUAGGCGGCGCUGGCCAUGGCGUUGUGUGGGGUACGACUGUCUCCAUCGAGGAUUCGUUCUUGUCGUUCAACGACUUCCUCCGCAAUUUUACCAAGAAGUACCGCAUGUACGCCGAUGGCCUAUCUGACGACGACAUCAGGGAGUCUCCUGAUGCGGCCUCGAAGCCCUACCUAGAAGCUCUGGAGACCAUGCUCCUGAAGCUAUUCCACCAACUUAUCCUUUACCCCCAAGAAAUCGUUCCUGUCAUGGAUCAAGCCGUGAAGGACACCAUUCUCGAGCUCGCAACCAAGGGUGGACUCAAGGAUCGCGCCUCACAGAGCAGUGCCGGCCAACUAGACCCUAGCCAGAGCUCCGAACCCGUCUUUCCUAGCUCUGAUCACCCAGAGCCCGCCACGCCCACGUCUAGGCACCUCGACCCUUCCGUGGAGGAACAGAUUGAGAAGACGGCCUACCUAGUUCGCCCAUAUGGCUUGGAAAAGACAACUAAUUUGCGCGAGUUGAACCCUUCAGACAUGGACCAUCUUAUCUCUAUCAAGGGCCUCGUCAUUCGGACCACUCCUGUCAUCCCCGACAUGAAGGACGCUUUCUUCAAAUGCAACAUUUGCGGCCACACUACAAACGUGGAGCUUGAGCGCGGAAGGAUCAGGGAGCCGACAGAGUGUCCCCGCCCCAUCUGUGCCUCCAAGAACUCGAUGCAGAUCGUGCACAAUCGCUGUGAAUUUACGGAUAAGCAGGUCAUCAAGUUGCAGGAAACCCCCGACAUGAUCCCCGCUGGCCAAACCCCACACUCCGUCUCGGUUUGCGUUUACAAUGAACUUGUCGACUUCUGCAAGGCGGGUGAUAGGGUCCAAAUCACGGGUAUCUUCAGGGCUAGUCCUGUACGAGUCAACCCUCGCCAGAGAUCAGUCAAGAGUGUCUUCAAGACCUAUGUCGAUGUUCUUCACAUCCAAAAGGUGGACAAGAAGCGCCUUGGAGCUGACCCUUCCACCCUGGCCGUCGAGGGCCACGAGGCUGAGGAGCAAGCGACAAGCAACGAUGACAACUCCAUCCCAGAGAUCCGUAAAAUUACGCCAGAGGAGGAGGAGAAGAUUAAGCAGACGGCGGCCCGGGAUGACAUCUACGACCUCCUCUCGAGGUCCUUGGCUCCAUCGAUUUAUGAGAUGGACGAUGUCAAGAAGGGUAUUCUGCUGCAGCUCUUUGGAGGCACCAACAAAUCAUUUUCCAAAGGCGGUAGCCCCCGGUAUCGAGGCGAUAUCAAUGUCCUCCUGUGCGGUGAUCCUUCGACCUCCAAGUCGCAGCUGCUCUCGUAUGUGCAUAAGAUUGCGCCUCGUGGUGUGUAUACAAGCGGAAAGGGCUCCUCGGCUGUGGGUUUGACCGCCUAUGUCACCCGCGACCCGGAAACUAGGCAGCUCGUUCUCGAGUCUGGUGCUCUCGUGUUGUCUGACGGAGGCGUUUGUUGCAUCGACGAAUUCGACAAGAUGUCGGAUUCCACCCGAUCCGUCCUCCACGAAGUCAUGGAACAGCAGACAGUCUCAGUUGCUAAGGCUGGUAUUAUCACGACUCUCAACGCCAGGACUAGUAUUCUCGCCUCGGCCAACCCUAUUGGGAGCCGAUAUAACCCCAACCUCCCCAACGACAGGAGGCUGGCCAAGCACUUGUUGUCCAUGUACAUUGAGGACACCCCUCAACACGCCCACUCCAACAAUGAGAUUCUGCCUGUCGAGUUCCUUACGACCUACAUCUCUUACGCCAAAACCCGUAUUCAUCCCACUAUUGAACCCGAGGCCGCCCGUGAGUUGUCAGACUGCUACGUAGAGAUGCGCAAGCUGGGCCAGGACGUACGUGCCGCGGAAAAGCGGAUCACGGCCACGACUCGUCAGCUUGAGAGCAUGAUUCGCCUGUCGGAAGCCCAUGCCAAGAUGCGGCUCUCCACCACGGUUACGCGCGCGGAUGUGCGCGAAGCGUACCGCCUGAUCCGCUCGGCUCUCAAGACGGCGGCCACUGAUGCUCAAGGCCGCAUCGACAUGAGCUUGUUGACGGAGGGAACCAGCGCGGCGGACAGGCGGAUGAAGGAAGAGCUGAAGACUGCUGUCCUCCAAAUUCUUGAUGAAAUGACCGCCGGCGGCCAAAUCGUCAAGUGGGGUGAUGUGGCCAAGAGGGUGACAGAGUCGUCAAGCGUGCCUAUUGAAAACUCGGACUUUGCCGAAAGUAUGAGGGUGUUAGAUAUGGAAGGUUCAAUCAUUGUGACGGGCGACGGCGCGAGGAGGUCAGUCAGGAGAGUCACAGGCCUUGCCUAG